AUGGCUGGAACGGCCCCUGGGCAGACGGCCCCCGAACAGGACGCGGUGUGCUACAACUGUGGGAUUAAGGGGCAUUGGGUGAUUGCCUGUCCGGAGCCUACUAGGGCGGUACCUGCGGGCCUCCAGCGUUGGCAGCAGAAGAAAGAGCACGGUAACACAGAGCGAGGACGGGGUUCCAGAGAGAAGAAAGGCCCCAUCGUCACUCACUACAUUGCUCCACCUUCACAUCAAGGCCCUCCAGCCGUUCCAUACGGCCAGCCACCACCACCGCCAUUUCCACCCGGUGUCCCGCCGCCCCGGCCUCUUCAAAUGCAAGCGUACCCGCAACCGGGCUAUCCUCCGAAUCCUUAUCCUGGGAGUUACCAGCCGCACCCUCCUCCACAGCCCCAGUAUGGACACUACUCUUCUCCCGCACCGCCGCCGCCGCCCCAGCAUAGCCAGCAAGCUCCUUAUGGGCAGCCACAGUACGCCACACCAUACCCGCCAGCAAGCUACUACCCCCCAAGUCAAACCCCGCCAGUCCCACCUCCUCCUCCUUCGUAUCCGCCCAGCACAUACCCUCAACAACAAUAUGCGCCGCCGCCGCCGCCGCCGCCGCCACCACCCCCCCCCCCGCCUGGCUCUGCCCACUAUCCGCCCGCUUACCCUUCUCCGGUGCCGCCUCCGCCCGGUGCGUAUCAGUAUCCUCCGGGGCAGCCACAGCCGUACGCCCCGCCGCCGCCGGCCGGGCCUCAUUACCCUCCUCCUCCCGGCUGGGCUACAUCCCAAACCGGCCCACCUCCUCCGCCGCUUCCCCUUCCUUCCUCAGCAAACCAAACCCCAUUGAGCAGCCAUCGCGGCAGGCACCAAAAGAAUCAUGCGGGCAAACGCUCGCAGCACCGUGACAAGAACCGCCAUGGGCAGGACAAGCAUGGGAAAGACAACGCCCGAAAUGAACGCCAGGGACCCCGGCAUAGCCGUGAUGAACAGCAGACAAAGACUGUCGGUCCCCAGGUCAAAGAUGAGGAAACUCGAGCACCAACGGCUGAUGGCAAGGCUGAUGGGUGCGAGAAACUCGAGAGUGGGUGGGAUCACCAGCUGGAGGAGCAUUUAAAGCUGGCGUUUCCCGAGAUCAAGACGAAGCCGGCAGACCCUGUCGGCAUCCCUCUCGCCGUUGAGUAUACUGAAGACCCCACCAUACCGCCAGCUUACAACGCGACCUGCGUCAAAUCCGAGUUCUUUCGAGAGGGCAAUCAGAAGGAGUUCGCGCAGUCCAUUAGAGACCACCCCUCUUGGGAGAUUCUCAAGUAUGAUCCCGUCUUUAGGCUUUAUCCGGGGAUGGUCGUGCGUCGCUUCCCUGCCUACGAACACGAAUAUACGACUUAUGAUCCUUCGGGACCUCCGCCUCCUUCGUCUGCAAUCAAAAUGCCCCCACGAUUCCAGAUUGACAGGUCUGCUUACAAGGAGGCGCCCAGACGCGAUUUCGAUCUGAGCAGUGACCGGAAUGGUUAUGCCCAGGACUACUCGCCACAAGAUCGCCGGCCCCGUGACUACAGCCCUGCUCAAUAUGCUGGAGGUGGCUGGCGUCCCAUUGAGAGCAGGGAGGACCGGCGCCCUCGGAAGCGGUCUCUCGAUGCCAGCUUCGAGGAUGAUGGGGAUGCUCGGCAUCAAAAGCGGACUCGGUGGUCCCAGGGUAGCAGGAAUAUAUCGCAUGAGAACCACGGCCGAGCAGUGUCUCCUCGUCGGCCAAGCCCGUCCUCGGCAAAGUUCAACUUCGAAGCCGAUCCCUGGUCGCCGCAGGCAGGGGAGACCAACAUCAUAAACGCCAGUGACCGUCGUUACCGCGACUCUUACAGCGACAGCAAGUUUUCCCCUUCGAAGGAGGAAAGGGUGAGUUACGCGGACAAGCGGCACGACAGCGGCUACCACAGCGGACAGUCCCUCGACAAGGUAACCCCACGAUACCGAGACGAGGAGCGGGCCCGUCGGCCCUCGGACCGGUCAUCCCGCAGACGCAGGUCACCGUCCCGAAGCCGUAGCCGAGUUCGGACCCCCAGUCGCGCUCGGAGCCGUGGCCGUAGCCCAGCGUCAACCCCUAACAGAAGCAAUCGCAGCCUCAGCCGCAGCGAGUCACCUCUCACCGCCCUCGAGGCUGAGCUGCUGGGCUUGGCAGGGGACUCGAGCGAGCCGGAACCCAAGCCGGUGGCGAAGAAACCGAUCAAGAGAGUCAAGGUUGCGGCGGCGUUUGAUCGCCGUUGGUGA